AUGCGACAAGGCACUCCCCAGAUGCUCCCUCUGCGCCAAGUAAGCACGGAAGACCACGUUACAGCUGCAGAGCUAACAACGAAGGGCAACGCAGACGUAAUCAAAUUUGCGAAUAUUGGAGGCCAGAGCCGCCCAGUCACUCAGCCACAGCCUCAAGCCCGGAGCGAGGAUGUGGAAACUACACCAGUGACAGGGACUGUCCCGCAGUAUAUCUUACAACUAAUAGGUGAUUUGGAUGAAAUCCGGCUCACGGCAGCGCGGUUUUUCGAGCAUAUCCAUCAGUGGAUGCCCUUUAUCUCGAAGAAGCGGUUUUAUGACUUUUAUCUGCAGCCCUCAUUCCACUCACGGCCCGAUGUUGUUCUUCUCUUAUUGGCAUUAAAGCUAAUCACUACCUUCCCGCCGGCUGGUUCUCGCAGUCCCCGGACGGCCUUAUACAACUCAACUAAACAAUUUUACCUAAAGGUGGAAGGCUCUUUCUCUAUUUUAGUACUACAAGCUGGUAUUCUUGUGGCUCUUUAUGAGCUAGGACACGGGAUCUACCCAGCUGCGUUCUUGUCGAUCGGGACCUGUGCGAGGUAUGCCCAUGCCUUAGGUAUCAAUGUCAGUCGCACGGUGGUGACCAGGAGAGUACUCACUUUGGUGGAGGUUGAAGAGCGACGGAGAGUCUGGUGGGCUAUUGUUAUUUUAGAUCGCUUUGUUAGCAUCGGCUGUCCAGGACGGCCCUUUGCAACUGCAGAUCCAAAAUUGGACGACUUUUUACCGGCCGAUGAUGCCGCGUGGGACCAGGGGAUUGUCAAACCCGAUAAUUUCUCGACUCUCUCGUCUCCAAUGACGGGACAUAUGAGUAAAUUCGCUCUACUAUGCCAAGCCGCCAGGCUGUUGGGCCAAGUUCUCAAUCACCUCUCAACCGAUUUCACUAGUGAAGAUGAUUGGGUACAGCUUGAUCGUACCCUGCAGUCAAUGCUAGUCGCUGCAUUAAAUAUAGACUGCCCGGACUAUGAUCAGAUCACAUUCGUGUACAGCGCCCUAGUCGCUCUAUACACACCCUGGCUAUCAUCGGAUAGAGUUCAAGAAAUCGACACCGAUCGUUCACGCCGCGCGAAGGUUAUACUUCAGCAAAUCACGGACCGUAUUAGCGCGAAUUUGAUCGAGCGACAAUGCUUCUUAGGUCGGGAUCCAGAGGGUAUGUCCCCGUGGGGUCUGUAUUUUGCCUAUCGCAUUUGUGGGGCCCAUAUGCGGACACGCCAUAAAUCACCCCAUGGCCUUGAGGUGGUGAGGAGCCUGCGUGAGGGGUUCAUGGCUAUUGAUGUACGGUGGAAUGUUUCAGGUGUCUAUCUGCAACUAAUGGAGGCCCAGGAAGCUAUUAAUUUGGCAGCGUGA